AUGCUGCUUGUUUCCACUAAUUGCUUGACAAUCCUGUCCCCGCCGGAAAUUGACCCAUAUUUCCCAACUCUGGAUGACACUCCGGAAAUCUCUGAUCCGGAGACAGCCGAGGCUCUAGCGGAGUUCGAAUUGUUUGUGUCACAGCAAAAGGUUAACGGUCGGAUUUCCUCUAAUCUUGGUGAAUCUACUAUUUCUACGCUCUCUGAGAAUGCAUCGAAUUUGCCUCCGGUUUACCAGGCAUGGGAUUCCAUGGAUGAAAAGGAACUGAUGAAUCGAUUCAAGGAAAAAUAUCACGCCAAGCAAUUUAGGGAUGUUCCCUUGUCAAAGGAGGAUCGCAUUUUAUGGCGCUCCUCUUCGCCUUCAGGUGGCCCAGGAGGCACCGGACAAUCUGAGUUCGAGUAUCAGCUUGGUGCACUCUCGGCUGGCGAAGACAUCGAUGUUAAGCGGCCUCCGGAAAGUAUCUACUCUUCGCCCACUACAUCAUUUUCGAUUGACGAACUUGAAGAAGCGGCUAGAGACUACGAUUCCGUUCUGUCCACCUCCUCCUCUUCACAUUCCCAGCAGGAAUUGCUAACAAAUUCCAGCCUCCAAGCUACCAUGACAACUAUAGGCUCGAAGACACCUUUGCCCAUCGUUUCCUCUGUACCCGCCUCCAUCGGUCUCGGUGAUCUAGCUAGCCUCACGGUUGCCAAUGAAUCCGAUCCGGGACACCUCCAAAACGUAGCAGCGGCGAUGGAUAAUCUGGAUGGUGUUUGCGUGGUAUCGCACCCAAAACUUGCUGUUGACGAAUCAUCCUGCUCGCGAAUCUCCACAUCGCCUUCGGUGGAGACUGCCCCAUGGACGGCAAAGUACACCCUCCGCAGUCAUUUUGAUGCCAUACGCAGUAUCAAGUUCCAUCCGACGGAGCCAAUGUUGGUCACUGCGAGCGAGGACCAUACUGUAAAGUUGUGGAAUCUUAACAAGACAGUGCAAGCAAAGAAAUCAAACAAUUUCGACGUAGAACCCGUCUACACCUUUCGGGGCCACAACGCGCCGGUCCUCUCGCUCUCCAUGGUUACGCAGCCGGAGUCUAGCGGUUCUUUUUCUUUGGUCGUCUUUUCUGGCGAUUUACAUGGCAACUUGCGAAGCUGGCGCUUGUCAAACCUUCAUUGGGACCCCUACGAUACGUUUGAUCCAACUGUUAACGGACCACUUCUUCGUGGCCACAGUGACGCUAUCUGGUCCCUAGUCACUCGCCCAGAUGGGUACCUCCUCUCGGUUUCCGCUGACGGAACGGCGUGCUUAUGGCCUACCGAUCUAGCUUGCGCACUUCAUCCCCCGUCUUCAAUCCUCACCGGGAGCGAGUUUAAACUUACAACCACUCUCAUGACAGCUUUGGCCACUCGGUCCGUCGAGUUCGGUUCCAUGGCUCCCGUUCCUACCUCGGUUGAUUUUGUCCAAACCGAUAGAAAUCAUUUCGUGGCUGGCUUCACCUCCGGACACGUUGGGUUGUUCGACAUUGAAACGAACCAACUCAUCUCCACGUUCUAUUCCACUGAGUCCUCUCCGAAUGAGGUUACUUCUCCUGCUCUGACAGCGGUAACCUGUGUCCUCUCGCAUCCACUGCACUCUUUGGCUGUGAGUGCCUUCGAAGAUCGUCACAUUCGAUUUUUCGAUACCAAUAGUGGCAACUGCACUCACACCAUGGUUGCUCACUUGGACGCCGUCACGUCGCUCGAUGUGGAUCCUCAUGGCAUCUGUUUGAUAUCCGGCAGUCAUGAUUGUUCAAUCCGUCUGUGGAACAUAAACAAGAAAACAUGCAUACAGGAAAUCACCAGUCAUCGGAAAAAAUUUGGCGAAUCAAUUCACGCAGUGGCAUUUCACCCCAGCAAACACCUGAUGGCUAGUGCUGGGUCUGACGCACUGGCCAAGGUGUUUGUAUGACCUGCCAUUUUCAUAAAGCGAUCUCCACAGUUGUAAGCACACCCAUGGAAGGCGAACCACUUGAGUCCGUGUGGGCUGUACUUGUCUCACUCUUCUGUCCGACAAGCGGCCAUCUGUGAUUCUGCUGCCAUUGUUGCCUGAACUGAUGCUAACGAGGACUGCCUUUCUGUGAACACACCUUCUCCUCCUCUUUUUCCGUUUUCCAGUUUUCUCCCGGUUAGACAAGUUGUGGCUGUUUUUUCUGGUGAACUCUUAUGUAAUGUAGCCCAUGGUGCAUUUACAUUUCGACGUAUUUACAUAGUUUAAUUUUCGUCCUUUCUCUCCGUUCUCCUCAUCACUUUUAGUCACCGUGUUUCUUCAUUAUUUCUGUUUUCAUUCCUAUUGCCUGCACCACUUCGACCCACUCAAGCAAUUGAACGAGCUUCUCUCUCCACCUCCACGCUGGUUUUCCCUCUUUUAGGACAACCUUUUACUGUAUGCUGGCCACCACCAUUAUUGUUUCCAUCCUCUUACUAGCCGAAUGCACUUCGCAUUUUACCUUUUUCGCAUCAAUAAUAUCAGCAACUUACUAUAUCCCUUACCUAUCCUGUUUCAUCUUUGCCUUAUAUUGUCAGUUUUUGACCCCUAGGUCACCUCUUACUCUCAGAUUUUUCCGGUUUAUUCGACUCAUCGCAGCGAGGCUCGAUCUUAGAGGGUUGCAGGGGAUUGCAUUUAUUCGCACUUCAUUGGCAAUCAUCGAAUACACUUCAUGGGCUCCUUCGGAGCCACUCAUCA